UUUUAGUGGGAAUUUCUUUCCAUGCCCACUUCUUUUUUUUCUUCUAAGAAUAAGAAGGUAGGUGGAGUCAGACUGCGAAGUGCGCUUCACUCCCUCCCUCGCUCACACGCUCUGCCUUUCUUCCAUUCUGUCAUUGCCCUCUCGGCAGAACUGAGACUGUCCAUGCCCGGCCAUUCUAAGUGAAGAGGGGACAGCAAACUUUUUGACUUUUUUUUUAAAAAGAGGAAUUUUUCUUUUUCUUCACAAAUAUACAAAAGGAUCAGCAAGACCACGAGGAAGAGACAGUAAGAAACCUAAUGCUUUCAUCUUUCAACUUACGUUAAAUUGAAUUGAGAAGCACGUGACAACUGGUUUUUCCACCGGAUUCUUUACUACGAGUGGUUGACUUUUUUUUUUCUGUUAUUAUAUUUCAACUGACUUAAAGCACAAUGGUUGCCGGAAUGCUGAUGCCGAUGCAUGAACUAAAAGCCAUCUAUGAAGUCUUAUUUCGAGAUGGCGUUAUGGUGGCCAAGAAGGACAAGAGGCCUCAGAUCAAGCACCCGGAAGUACGAGACGUGACCAAUCUCCAAGUAAUCCGUGCUAUGGGCUCUCUGAAAUCUAGAGGCUAUGUACGGGAAACAUUUGCUUGGAGACAUUUCUAUUGGUACCUGACCAACGAUGGCAUUGUUUACCUGCGCGACUACCUCCACUUGCCCGCUGAGAUUAUUCCAGCCUCUUUGCAGAGGGUUAGGAAACCAGCUGCUACCCUGGCCAUUGCUCACCGCGCUGCGCAAGUCCAGUCUGUCCAAGGCCCUACGUCUUACGUUCCCAAGCCAGGUCGCAGGGACGAGGCAGAGAGCCAAGAAGCGUUAGCUGAACGCCGAGGCUACCGCUAUAAAACUAUGGAUCCAGGAGAACGAGGGAAUUACACCGAUAGGACCCCUAGGUUCAGGGGCCGUCCACUUACUGAGGAACCAGUGAGGCCAAAGCAGGCACUUGAGGCUAGGGACCAGCAUCAGCCUCUCUACAAGAGAGGAGCCAGCUUCAACAGCAAAUCAGUCAAAGAGGUGGAAAGCACAAAACGAUUUACUCAUCAGGAGCCUAAUGUGAGAAAUGAAAGGCAGGUAGUGUCACAGGAGAGAAGGAUGUUGGAUGCUCAGAAGAUAACCUCCAGUUCUGCUUCACUUCAAACAGCAGCUUUGAUGCAGGAUGAGUCCCAGGCCUCACUGAUCCCCUCCUCAGUGGCCUUACCAUUGUCUGUGGCUGCUGUCAGUGUGGCUGCGGGUGCAGCACCGUCAAAGAUGGCAGUUAGCUCAUCUGCUGCUCAGAAAAGUGUCAAAAUUAAAAAUGUCACAAAACAGGAGGUUUCUUCUUUGAAAUUCACUGAGGAGAUCAGUCCAUCAGCAGCCGAGCUUCCAAGUGGGGAUGCUAAAGAAGACGAAACAAAACCAGCUGAAGUCACGGCACCUGAAAUGCCAAUGCCCAAACCGGUUCUUACAACGGAAUGCACUCAUGAAACCUCCAAAGUUUAUUCUGGCUCUGUCGCCUCUGGAAAGAUGAGACCGGUUGAUGCUGAUCCUAAAAAGCAUGAGAAAGAGGAAGUUAUUGAUGAGUCAGUUAAGGCAACUGAAAAAAAAAUCCAACACCUGGUGAAACCUGAUGUAGGCGGUGAUAUCAAAGAGAAAACUGCCAAAGUUAACAAGAAGACCACCAAAACCAAUAAGGCUAACCAGACCAGCAGCCCAUUAUGGACCACUGAUGAAGCAGAUGGCAUCUCCAACAUCACAGUGACUCAAGAACCCGUCCAGGCAGAAGUAAGCUCACCAGUUCUCACUGCAAAGCCUGACACUCAGGCCUUCCCUCCUAAAAUGGCACAAGUAGCAGAACCCUCAUCACAGGAAGUUAACACUACUCCCAAAACUGCACCUGCUUCAGCAACUCAGACAAAACAGGAAGAUCCACAACUGAUCCAAAAUAACUAUACUGCAACAGAGAUGAUCAUUAAACAGGAGGAAACUAAUGUAACAGAGAUGCCACAUGCCAAGAAAGAUGAAACGGUGUCACCCUCUAAAGUUUUAGGGCAGGACCUUAAAGUGCAACAGCUCAUCCAUUCAUCUCCCUCCACCCGGAAGGAUGCUGCAACAGAGGAGGGUAAAGAUGCUAAACAAGCAGGUGAAGGGACCUCCAAGUCCAAGAAAAAGAAAAAGAAGUCUCCAGGUGAGAUUUCCAAGAUCACUGUUCAACAGGAUCAACCUCAGUUAAAGGCAAAUGAGGAAAUGUCAGAAAACGACUCCCAGGAAGUGAAGGUAGAAACCUUCCAUCAGAAAACAGUAAUUACUUCUGAACUCCUAACUGUGUCUACCUCUGUAAAGGCAGAAGGGGAAGCCAAAACAGACAGUGACCGUAAAAAAACUGGCAAUCAGCUAAACAAGGAGACAUUUACAAAAGCUAAGAUGAAGCCAGAUGAAGUCCCACCUGCAGCAGCUCCUGCAGCUGUUCAAGCAAAAGAUAAAACUGAGAAAAUCACUGUCACUGCCACCACUCAGGAACAAAUGUCUCCCAAAUUACAGGCUGCAGCCCCUGACAUGGACCCAGAAAAAUCUCAGGAAAUAACUGUUUCCAACGUGGAAACAGUGACUGUGCAGAAAGUGAGUCAGGUUGAGCUCAUGCGAGAGAGUGCGAAACUUGAGAAAAAAAUACCAGUGGACCAUUCAGACUCUGAGAAAGUAACUGCUGAGGCUACAUCCCUGCAGAGCACAGAGAAAGUUGCAGACAAGCAGACAAAGGGGAAGAAAAAAGGGAAAAAACAGGUUAAGGUGUCACAAGAGGAAGAAACCAUAAACACAAAGUCUGUCUCUACGACUGAAGGAGAAACACCGUCAUCCAUAACAACACUGCCUAUGGCUGCAGGCAGGGAUAGCCCUGCUGUGGCCUUUGAAAUGAGAAGAACUAAAGUUUCUUCAAAGAUGACUCCUGAAAGAAUGUGCAGUGAGGAAGUUGGGCAGGCAGCAGCUGUGCUCUCUGAGGCCCCGACAGACAAAGGGGAGGUGGAGCUAACGCAGCCCUCUGCAGAAAAAACCAAGCGGGAGGUUCCGAAAGCAAAAACAUCUUCCAGUGCGAGGAAAGCACCCGCACCCGAAGAUUUAGCGUCAGCUGAGGCACAGGCCAGCCCUCUCUCCAGGCAAGAAGAGCCUCCCAGAGUUGCACAACAUUCAGCCCGGCAGGCAGCAGAGUGCAGCACACAGGAAAGGCUCUCUGUCUCGGAGGCCUCAGAGCACGAAGAAGACAAGAAGAGGGACUUGUCGGAGGACACACCCUCAGCCACUGCCACGCCCGCAGCCCAGCCUGACCAGCCUCACCUGGGGGACACCAGUGAGUCCUACAGCGCCGACACUGACGAGGCCAAUAUGAGGAAGAAAAUAGUAGUGGUGGAGGAGAUAGUUGAGGUGAAGCAAGUCGUUAGCCCUCAGGCGACCGGGCAGCAGUCACCUCCCCCACCUGUGAAGACAGCAGAGGAGGAGGAAGACGAGGAGCUGGACCUAGAUGUUCUGGAGGAAAUCGCCAUAGAGCGAGCUCUCUUGGCCGGGGCUGCGAGGGUCAAGGUGCAAGGGGCUUCACCUGACUCUGACUGGGACCACUCACUGGCGGAGCCAGAGGACAAGACAUGGCCUAACUUCAUUGAAGAUGAAAGAGAUCGGGUACAGAAGAAAACCUUCACAAAAUGGGUUAACAAGCAUUUGAUAAAGGCACAGCGUCAAGUGGCAGAUCUGUAUGAAGAUCUUCGGGAUGGACAUAACCUGAUCUCGUUGUUGGAGGUCCUCUCCGGAGAAACUCUGCCCAGAGAGAAAGGCCGGAUGCGCUUCCACAAACUCCAGAAUGUACAGAUAGCACUGGACUUCCUGAAACACCGGCAGGUCAAGCUGGUGAACAUCAGAAAUGACGACAUAGCGGACGGGAACCCCAAGCUGACACUGGGGUUAAUAUGGACCAUCAUCCUCCACUUCCAGGUCUCCUCAUCUAUCUCAGACAUUCAGAUCAACGGCCAGUCGGAAGACAUGACCGCCAAGGAGAAGCUGCUGCUCUGGUCGCAGAGGAUGACGGACGGCUACCAGGGCAUCCGCUGCGACAACUUCACCACCAGCUGGAGGGACGGCAAGCUCUUCAACGCCGUCAUCCAUAAGCACUACCCCAGACUCAUCGACAUGGGCAAAGUGUACCGACAGACCAACCUGGAAAACCUGGAGCAGGCCUUUAACGUGGCCGAAAGAGACCUGGGAGUGACCCGCCUCCUGGACCCGGAAGAUGUUGACGUCCCGCAUCCCGACGAGAAGUCCAUCAUCACUUACGUCUCAUCUCUGUAUGACGUCAUGCCUCGAGUCGAUGUCCAUGAUGGCGCCAGAGCGAAUGACCUGGAGCUACGCUGGCAGGAAUAUUACGAGCUGGUGACCCUCCUGCUCCAGUGGAUCCGCCACCAUGUCACCAUCUUCGAGGAGAGGAAAUUCCCCGGCAGCUACGAGGAGAUAGAGCUUCUUUGGCGCCAGUUCUUGAAGUUCAAGGAGGCGGAGCUGCCGGUGAAGGAGUCUGACAAGAGCCACUCCAAACACAUCUACCAGACCUUUGAGAGUGCAGUUCACGCCGGUCAGGUUAAGGUGCCGCCCGGCUACCACCCCAUCGACGUGGAGAAGGAGUGGGGGCGACUUCACUUGGCCAUACUAGAGAGAGAACGACUGCUCAGGAUUGAGUUUGAGAGACUGGAGAGGCUGCAGAGGAUUUUCAGUAAAGUCCAGAUGGAGUCCGGGUUGUGUGACGAACAUCUCAGUCAUCUGGACGGCCUCCUGCAGAAGGACAUCGCUCUGCUCAACGCAGGGAAACCAGCUCAGCACACGGCAGAGGUGGACAGGGAGCUGGACAAGGCGGAAAGCACCAUCCGCCUGCUCUUUAACGAUGUCCAGAUGCUCAAGGAUGGGCGCCACCCUCAGGCGGAACAGAUGUACCGCAGAGUUUACCGUAUUCAUGAGCGGCUGGUGAACCUGCGCAGCGACUACAACCUCCGCCUGAAGGCGUCCGCGGGUAAGGUCCAGCCCAUGCAGACCCAGCUGCAGAGCAGCGCCAAGGUGCGGCCGGAGCUGGACGACGUGACGCUGCGCUACGUCCAAGAUCUUCUGGCCUGGGUGGAAGAGAACCAGCGGCGCAUCGAUAAGUCGGAGUGGGGAUCAGAUCUGCCCUCUGUGGAGUCCCAGCUGGGCAGCCACAGAGGUCUGCAUCAGUCCGUGGAGGACUUCAAGUCCAAGAUCGAACGGGCCAAGUCCGACGAGAGCCAGUUAUCACCGGUCAGCAAAGGGAACUACAGAGAAUACCUGGGGAAACUGGACCUUCAGUACGGCAAACUGCUGAACUCCUCCAAGUCCCGCCUGAGGAACCUGGACUCUCUGCACGCCUUCGUCGUCGCAGCAACCAAAGAGCUAAUGUGGCUGAACGACAAAGAAGAGGAAGAGGUCAACUACGACUGGAGCGACAGAAACACCAACAUGACGGUGAAGAAAGAAAACUACUCCGGCCUGAUGCGAGAGCUGGAGCAAAGAGAGAAGAAGGUUAACGACCUCCAGGCUAUGGGAGACAAACUGGUCAGAGACGGUCAUCCCGGGAAGAAGACUGUGGAGGCCUUCACAGCUGCUCUGCAGACUCAGUGGAGCUGGAUCCUGCAGCUGUGCUGCUGCGUCGAAGCUCACCUUAAAGAAAACACGGCUCAUUACCAGUUCUUUGCCGAUGUAAAGGAAGCGCAGGACAAGAUGAAGAAGAUGCAAGAGAGCAUGAAGAAGAAAUACAGCUGCGACCGCUCUACAACCGCCACGCGCCUGGAGGAUCUGCUGCAGGAUGCCGUGGAAGAAAAGGAACAGAUGAAUGAAUUUAAGACUUUGCUCAACGGACUGAACAAGAGGUCCAGGUCUAUCAUCCAGCUGAAACCCCGAAAUCCCACCACCCCUAUUAAGGGCAAGACUCCUAUUCAAGCUGUCUGCGACUUCAAGCAGCAGGAGAUCACGGUCCAUAAAGGAGAAGAGUGUGCUCUGCUCAACAACUCCCAGCCCUUCAAGUGGAAGGUGUUAAACCGCUCCGGAAACGAAGCAGUGGUUCCUUCCGUCUGCUUCCUUGUCCCUCCGGUCAAUAAGGAGGCAGUGGACAGCGUGUCGAGUCUGGAUGCAAAUCUUCAGCAGAUGACCUCCAUGUGGCAGAUGCUUCACGUUAACUUGAAGAGUCUGUUGUCAUGGCAGUACCUGACCAGAGAUUACACACAGAUACGCUCCUGGAACAUCGCCAUGUUAAAAACCAUGAAACCAGAAGAGUACCGGCUGGUCAUGAGAAACCUGGAGGCCCACUAUCAAGACUUCAUGCGGGACAGCCAGGACUCCCAGCUUUUCAGCCCCGACGACCGCAUGCAAGUGGAGGACGACUACAACAAAGUCAGCCAGCAUUUUGACAACCUGCUUCGCUCCAUGGAGAAAGGCCAACAGGACGAGACCCUGUGCAAGAACUACAUCUCCGAGAUCAAGGAUCUGCGUCUGCGUAUCGAGAACUGCGAGUCUCAGACUGUGAGUCGCAUCCGCAGACCGCUGGACAAGGAGCCGCUGAAGGAAUGCAGCCAGAAGUGGACAGAGCAGCAGAAAGUCCAGGGAGAACUUGAGGGACUUAAGAAGGACCUGGAUAAGGUGUCUGUGAAAACCCAGCAGGUGUUGGCGUCCCCUCAGCAGCCGGCCUCAGCUCCUGUGCUGCGGUCCGAACUGGAUGUUACUGUGCAGAAGAUGGACCACGUCUACAUGCUCUCCUCUGUUUAUCUUGAGAAGCUGAAGACUGUAGACAUGGUGAUCCGGAACACCCAGGGAGCGGAGGGAGUGCUGAAGCAGUACGAGGACUGUCUGCGAGAGGUUCAGGCUGUACCCAGUGAUGUCACGGAGGUGGAGACUCAACGAUCCAAGCUGAAGGAAAUGCGGGGCGAGGCCGAGAGUGAGCAGCCGGUGUUCGACUCGAUGGAGGAGGAGCUGAAGAAAGCCUCCGCCGUCAGCGACAAGAUGUCCCGCGUUCACACCGAGCGGGACAUUGAGCUGGACCACUACCGCCAGCUGACCACUGGCCUCCAGGACCGCUGGAAAGCCGUGUUCACCCAGAUUGACCUUCGCCAGAGAGAGCUGGAGCAACUCGGCCGACAGCUCGGUUACUACCGCGAGAGCUACGACUGGCUCAUGCGCUGGAUCGCCGACGCCAAGCAAAGGCAGGAGAAGAUCCAGGCCAUGCCCAUCACCGACACCAAAACUCUUAAAGACCAGCUGGCACAGGAGAAGAAACUGCUGAGUGAAAUUGAGCAGAAUCAAGGCAAAGUUGAUGAGUGUCACAAGUAUGCUAAAGCAUACAUUGAUACAAUCAAGGACUACGAACUGCAGUUGGUUGCCUACAGAGCGCAGGUGGAGCCUCUUACUUCUCCGCUGAAGAAAGCGAAACUGGAUUCUGCUUCUGACAGCAUCAUUCAGGAGUAUGUGACUCUGAAGACUAAGUACAGCGAGCUGAUGACUCUCACUAAUCAGUACAUCAAGUUCAUCAUCGACAUGCAGCAACGCUUGGAGGACGAGGAGAAAGCUGCACAGAAACUCAAAGCGGAAGAACAAAAAAAGAUGGCGGAGAUGCAGGCUGAGUUAGACAAACAGAAGCAGUUAGCUGAAGCUCAAGCGAAGGCCGUGGCUAAAGCUGAAAAAGAGGCCCGAGAGCUGAAGCUGAAAAUGCAGGAGGAAGUAAACAGGAGAGAGAUCGCUGCUGUAGAUGCAGAAAACCAAAAGCAAAACAUCCAGCUGGAGCUGUGUGAGCUUAAAAACCUCUCAGAGCAACAGAUCCAAGACAAAAGCCAGCAGGUGGAUGAAGCUCUACAAAGCAGAGUCAAGAUUGAAGAGGAGAUCCGCCUCGUAAGACUCCAGCUUGAGACCACCGUGAAACAAAAGGCUACCGCAGAAUCUGAGCUCAAGCAACUUCGCAACAGAGCCGAUGAAGCAGAGAAACAAAGAAAGGCAGCACAGGAAGAGGCAGAGAAGCUCCGUAAACAAGUCAGCGAAGAGACACAGAAAAAGCGCCUGGCCGAGGAGGAACUUAAACGCAAAUCUGAGGCAGAGAAGGAGGCGGCGAAACAGAAACAAAAAGCUCUCGAAGACCUUGAAAACCUCAGAAGGCAGGCCGAGGAAGCUGAGAGGCAAGUCAAGCAAGCCGAGGUUGAAAAAGAAAGACAAAUCAAAGUGGCUCAUGAAGCAGCCCAGAAAAGCGCUGCCGCUGAACUCCAGAGCAAACACACUUCGUUUGCAGAAAAGACCUUCAAGUUGGAGGAAUCACUCAAGCAAGAGCAUGGCACUGUCCUUCAGCUGCAACAAGAAGCAACUCGUCUCAAGAAGCAACAGGAAGGUGCAGAAAAUGCCAGAGAAGAAGCAGAGAAGGAGCUGGAGAAAUGGAGACAGAAAGCCAACGAAGCCCUUCGUCUGAGACUGCAAGCCGAAGAAGAAGCGCACAAGAAGAUGCUAGCCCAGGAAGAAGCUGAGAAACAAAAAGAGGAUGCGGAGCGCGAGGCCAAGAAGCGAGCCAAAGCUGAGGAGUCGGCUCUGAAGCAGAAGGACAUGGCGGAGAAAGAACUGGAGAGGCAGAGGAAGGUAGCCGAGAGCACGGCUCAGCAGAAGCUCACUGCGGAACAGGAGCUCAUUCGACUCAGGGCAGAUUUUGACAAUGCAGAACAGCAGAGAUCCUUGCUUGAGGACGAACUCUACCGUCUGAAGAAUGAAGUCCUUGCUGCCCAGCAACAAAGGAAACAACUGGAAGAUGAACUGGCCAAAGUUAGGAGUGAGAUGGAUUUACUUAUCCAGUUGAGGUCUAAAGCAGAAAAGGAGUCCAUGUCCAACACAGAGAAGAGUAAACAGCUUCUUGAAGCAGAAGCCUCCAAGAUGAGGGACCUGGCUGAGGAAGCAAGUCGACUCAGAGCCAUUGCUGAGGAAGCCAAGCAUCAGCGGCAGAUUGCAGAGGAAGAGGCGGCUCGACAGAGAGCGGAGGCUGAGAGGAUUCUCAAAGAGAAGCUCUCUGCGAUCAGUGACGCUACUUGCCUAAAAACAGAGGCUGAGAUUGCCCUGAAAGAGAAGGAGGCUGAAAACGAGAGACUGAGGAGACAAGCUGAGGAUGAGGCUUACCAGAGGAAAGCCCUUGAGGACCAGGCAAACCAACACAAGCAAGACAUUGAGGAAAAGAUAGUUCAGCUCAAAAAGUCGUCUGAGGAUGAAAUGGACAGACAAAGGGCAUUGGUGGAUGACACCCUCAAACAGAAGCGGAUCGUUGAAGAGGAAAUCCGAAUCCUAAAGCUUAACUUUGAAAGGGCUUCGUCUGGAAAACUUGAUCUGGAGCUGGAACUUAAUAAGCUAAAGAACAUUGCAGAGGAAACUCAACAAAGCAAGCUCAGAGCAGAAGAGGAGGCUGAGAAGCUAAGGAAGCUUGCCCUUGAGGAAGAAAGGAGGAGAAGAGAAGCAGAAGAAAAGGUCAAGAAAAUUGCGGCAGCAGAGGAAGAGGCAGCCAGACAACGCAAGGUGGCCCAAGACGAGCUCGAGCGUCUGAAAAAGAAAGCAGAAGAAGCCAGAAAGCAGAAAGAUGAAGCUGACAAAGAAGCUGAAAAACAGAUUGUUGUCGCCCAACAAGCCGCCCUCAAAUGCAACGCAGCAGAAGAGCAAGUGCAAAGUGUCCUCGCUCAACAGAAAGAGGACGGCUUAAUGCAGAAGAAACUCAAGGAGGAGUACGAGAAAGCCAAGAAGCUCGCUAAGGAGGCAGAAGCCGCCAAGGAGAAGGCAGAGAGGGAGGCGGCUCUCCUUCGCCAACAAGCAGAGGACGCAGAAAGACAAAAGGCCGCUGCUGAGAAGGAAGCUGCCAUCCAAGCCCAAGCUCAAGAAGAUGCUGAGAGGUUGAGGAAGGAGGCUGAAUUCGAAGCUGCCAAGCGAGCACAGGCAGAAGCCGCAGCCCUCAAGCAGAAACAACAAGCCGAUGCUGAGAUGGCGAAGCACAAAAACCUGGCCGAGCAAACGCUAAAGCAAAAGUUCCAAGUGGAGCAAGAGCUCACUAUAGUCAAACUUCAGCUUGACGAAACAGAUAAACAGAAAUCUGUCUUGGAUGAAGAGCUCCAGCGCCUGAAGGAUGAAGUCGAUGAUGCCGUCAAACAGAAGGCCCAGGUAGAGGACGAACUAUUCAAAGUUAAGGUUCAGAUGGAGGAACUACUCAAGUUGAAGAUAAAAAUUGAGGAGGAAAAUCAGCGGCUUAUCAAAAAAGACAAGGACAACACGCAAAAAUUCCUUGCUGAGGAGGCCGAGAACAUGAAGAAGCUUGCGGAAGAUGCCGCUAGGCUCAGUGUCGAGGCCCAAGAGGCUGCUCGCUUGAGACAGAUUGCAGAAGACGAUCUCAACCAGCAGCGAGCAAUUGCAGACAAAAUGCUCAAGGAGAAAAUGCAAGCCAUACAAGAGGCAUCCAGACUCAAAGCUGAGGCUGAGAUGCUCCAGAAGCAGAAAGAUCUGGCUCAGGAGCAGGCGCAAAAGCUUAUGGAGGACAAACAGCUAAUGCAGCAGCGUCUAGAGGAGGAAACCGAGGAGUACCAGCGAUCUCUUGAAGCAGAAAGGCGAAAGCAACUGGGAAUCCUAGCAGAAGCCGAAAAACUCAAACUUCAGGUCUCUCAGCUCAGUGAUGCCCAGGCCAAAGCUGAAGAAGAGGCUAAAAAGUUCAAGAAACAGGCAGACACGAUUGCAGCCCGCCUUCACGAGACAGAAAUUGCCACAAAACAAAAAAUGACGGCUGUCGAAAAACUGGAGUAUGAGAGACAAAAUACCAGCAAAGAGGCUGAUGAUUUACGCAAAGCGAUCGCAGACCUAGAGAAUGAGAAGGCUAGGCUGAAAAGGGAGGCUGAGGACCUUCAAAAUAAGUCAAAAGAGAUGGCUGAUGCACAACAGAAACAAAUUGAACAUGAGAAGACCAUGCUUCAACAGACAUUCUUGUCUGAAAAGGAGAUGCUAUUGAGGAAGGAGAAGCUAAUUGAAGAAGAGAAAAAGAGACUGGAAAGUCAGUUUGAAGAAGAAGUGAGGAAGGCAAAAGCUCUCAAAGAUGAACAAGAACGCCAAAAACAGCAGAUGGAGGAGGAGAAGAAGAACCUUCUGGCUACUAUGGAUGCAGCACUCAGUAAACAGAAAGUGGCAGAGCAAGAAAUGCUAAAUAAGCAGAAAGAAAUGCAAGAACUAGAGAGAAAGAAGUUAGAGCAAGAAAGAAUUCUUGCAGAAGAAAACCAGAAACUGCGUGAGAAAUUACAACAGCUUGAGGCCCAGAAAGAUCAACAUCCAGGGGAAACUGACAUUGACGCUAACAAAGAACAUGUACAUUUAAAAACCAUUGAGAUAACAAAGACAAUUUACAAUGGUCAAGCUCCUGGUGGUAUGGCAGAUGGUGUAGAAAAGAGACCAGAUCCUCUAGCUUUCGAUGGUAUCCGUGAUAAGGUACCAGCAAGCAGACUCCAUGACCUUGGUCUUUUACCCAAGAAGGACUUUGACAAGCUUAAAGACGGCAAAACCACAGUUCAGGAGCUUAGUGAAGCUGACAAUCUAAAGCAAAUUCUUAAAGGAAAGCAAGCCAUUGCUGGUGUUUUAACACCAAAAAAUCAAAAGAUGUCUGUUUACCAAGCUUCAAAGGAAAAAAUGAUUACCCCUGGCACAGCCAUGAUUCUUCUUGAAGCACAGGCUGCCACAGGUUACAUUUUAGACCCCAAAAAGAAUCUGAAACUUUCUGUUAAUGAGGCAGUGAAGGAAGGUUUGAUUGGCCCUGAGCUACAUGACAAAAUGCUUUCAGCUGAAAGGGCUGUUGUUGGCUACAAAGACCCUUACACUGGUGGAAAGAUUUCUGUUUUCGAAGCAAUGAAGAAAGAUCUGAUAGAACGUGAUCAGGCAAUAAGAAUCCUUGAAGCCCAACUCGCCACUGGUGGCAUUGUUGACCCUGUCAACAGUCACCGCGUACCCAAUGAAACGGCCUAUAAACAGGGACAGUAUGAUGCAGAAAUGAAUAAGGUUAUGGAAAAACCAUCAGAUGACACAAAGGGAUAUUUUGACCCUAGCACUCAGGAACCCCUGACAUAUUCUGAACUUAUGGCAAGAUGCACUGCUGAUCCAGAGACCAGUCUGUUAUUCCUGCCAAUUACAGAAAAAGCUGCUCAGUGCUCUAGGAUGUACACAGAAGAGGAGACCAAAGAUGUUUUCAACAAAACAACUGUGUCUGUGCCAUUCGGAAGAUUCCAGGGUAAAACUGUCACCAUCUGGGAGAUCAUCAACUCAGAGUACUUUACUGAAGAUCAGAAAAAAGACCUUCUCCGCCAGUACAAAACUGGCAAAAUAACCAUUGAAAAGAUAAUUAAGAUAGUUAUCACUGUGGCUGAGGAGAAGGAGAAGAAGAAGGAAAUAACCUUUGAUGGUUUAAGAACAUCUGUUCCUGCCAGUGAACUCCUGGAAUCCAAAGUCAUUGAUAAUGAUCUUUACAACAAAUUGCUAAAAGGAAAUGUAUCAGUCAAGGAUGUCUCUGCAAUGAAACCAGUUCACAAAGCACUCCAGGACACAAACUGCAUAGCCGGGGUACUUAUUGAUUCAUCCAAAGAGACAAUGUCCUUCUAUCAAGCUAUGAAGAGGGACAUGAUGAGGACUGGGCUUGCUUUGAAAAUGCUUGAAGCUCAAGCAGGAUCAGGCUACAUGGUCGACCCUGUUCAAAAUCAAAAGUACACUGUUGAUGAGGCCGUCAAAGCUGGGGUCAUUGGUCCUGAGCUGCAUGAAAAGCUCCUGUCUGCAGAGCGAGCUGUUACUGGUUACAAAGAUCCUUACACUGGAAACACAGUCUCUCUUUUCCAAGCAAUGAAGAAAGAUCUCAUUCCUAAAGAACAAGGUAUCAGACUGCUUGAUGCCCAAAUGACCAGUGGUGGCAUCAUUGAUCCAGUGAAGAGCCAUCGUAUACCUGAUGAUGUUGCUUUCAAGAGAAAUUAUUUAGAUAAUGAAAUGAAACAGCGUCUAAGCAGUCCAACUGAUGAAACUAAAUGUUUCUUUGAUCCAAACACAAAAGAAAAUGUCACAUACUCUCAGCUGUUUGACAGGUGUGUUACAGACAAAAAAACUGGUCUUAAGCUUCUUCCACUUAGUGAUGAAGCAAUUAACGAUAAAGAAGAAGCAACAUACACCGAAUCCCAAACAAAAGACGCUAUGACACAAGCAACUGUGGAGCUUGACUCUGGGCCAUUCAAGGGUAGAAAAAUGACACUAUGGGAAAUUAUCCACUCUGACUAUCUCACUGAAGAACAGAGACUUGAACUGAUUAGACAGUUUAGAUCAGGAAAAGUUACAAUUGAAAAGCUUAUUAAGAUCAUUAUCACAAUUGUGCAAGAGAAGGAGGCUAAGAAAAAGGAACAGUCCAGCUUUAAGGGACUCAGAGAUUAUGUUCCAGCAGACUCCUUGUAUGAUUCCAAAAUAAUUGACAAAACAACCUUUGACCUUCUUCAGCAAGGCAAAACAACACCUAAAAAAGUCAGUGAGAAUCCAAAUGUCAGUAAAUACCUCCAGGGCACUGAGAGCAUUGCUGGAAUAUACCUGGAGCCUACCAAGGAGAAAAUAAGUAUCUAUCAAGCUAUGAAGAAAAAGUUCCUCAGGCAAAACACUGGCAUUUUGCUUCUUGAGGCUCAGGCUGCAACUGGGUUCAUUGUAGAUCCAGUAAAAAACCAAUGUCUCUCAGUAGAUGAGGCAGUGAAGGCAGGACUUGUUGGUCCAGAACUCCAUGAAAAACUCCUUUCUGCAGAAAAAGCAGUCACUGGCUACAAGGAUCCAUUCACUGGGAAGAAAAUCUCCCUUUAUGAAGCAAUGCAAAAGGAUCUUAUACUCAAAGAACAUGCCAUUCCCCUGUUGCAAGCUCAGAUGUUCAGUGGUGGAAUCAUUGAUCCUGUAAAGAGCCACCGGGUCCCAACUGAUAUGGCAUACCAGAAGAACAUUUUCAGUAAGGAAGUUGCCAAGACCUUGUCUGAAUCUUCAGAUGACAGCAAGCCUUUCUCAGAUCCAGAAACUGAUGAAAAUGCAAGCUACAAGCAACUUAAAGACAAAUGCCAAAAAGAUAAAGACACAGGCCUGUAUAUCCUGCCACUCUCCAAACCUCAGUCUCCAACUGUCGUGGAAAAGACAUACCUUUAUACAGAAGAACAAACCCAGAGUGAUCUUACUAGCACCCAAAUUGACAUUCCAAUUGAGGGCCUUGCUGAUAAACCAAUGAACCUGUGGGAUGUCAUGAACUCAAAUUUGCUUCCAGAGCAUGAGAGGCAGAAACUCUUGGAAGAAUACCGUUCUGGCAAAAUCACUAAAGAACGGAUGAUUAUCAUUAUAAUUGAGAUAAUGGAGCAGAGAGAAGUUGUUAGACAUGACAGUCCAUUGUCAUAUAAGACUAUAAGAAGAAGAAUAACUAUUGAGGAGCUCUACAACGCCCGCAUCAUUGAUCUCGAGACAUACAACCUUCUGAAACAGGGCAAGAGAGACAUUCGUGAUAUAAUGGAGAUGACCAGUGUAAAACAGUAUCUCUAUGGCACAGGCUGCGUCGCUGGUGUCACAACAGACUCGAGCUCCAAGAUUAGCAUAUAUCAAGCAAUGAAAAGAGGUUUUAUUAAACCAGAAAUAGGCCUUACUCUCUUAGAGGCACAAGCUGCAACAGGCUUUAUUAUUGAUCCAGUUAAGAACGAGACACUCACUGUUGAUGAAGCUGUUCGUAAGGGAGUUGUUGGACCUGAGAUCCAUGACAAACUGCUUUCAGCUGAAAGAGCUGUCACUGGAUAUAAGGAUCCAUACAGUGGGAAGGUCAUAUCUCUUUUCCAGGCCAUGAAAAAGGAUCUUGUUCCAGAGGAUUAUGCCCUUAAAAUGCUGGAGGCUCAAACUGCUACUGGAGGCAUCAUUGAUCCAGAAUUCCAGUUCCAUCUUCCAGCUGACAUUGCCUUGCAAAGAGGUUAUAUGAACAAGGAGACCAACGAGAAACUCACAGACAGUGUCAAGGGGUUCAUUGAUCCUGUUACUGAAGAACAACUGUCAUAUGCAGAGCUUCUCAAGAGAUGCAAGCUUGAGGGUGGAUUGCGACUACUCUCCCUGGGAGAUAAGAGGUUAACAUUCAAGGGUUUGAGAAAACAGAUCACAAUGGAGGAGCUGAUUCGCUCACAAAUUAUUGAUCAGCAGACUGUCACUGAAUUGAAUGAAGGCAUUCUUUCAGUAGAGGAAGUUAGCAAAAGACUCUCAAGAUACCUUGAGGGCACAAGUUGUAUUGCUGGAGUGUUCUUGGAGUCGAGCAAAGAACGCCUAUCAAUUUACCAGGCCAUGAAGAAAAACAUGAUUAGACCAGGCACUGCAUUUGAACUUCUUGAGGCUCAGGCAGCCACAGGAUAUGUCAUUGAUCCAAUCAAGAACCUUAAACUUACAGUAAAUGAGUCUGUAAAGAUGGGAAUUGUAGGUCCAGAAUUCAAAGACAAGCUUCUCUCUGCUGAGCGUGCAGUGACAGGGUAUAGAGAUCCUUAUUCAGGCAAAACAAUCUCUUUGUUCCAGGCCAUGAAAAAGGGACUCAUCUUGAAAGAUCAUGGCAUCCGUCUCCUAGAAGCUCAAAUUGCCACUGGUGGAAUUAUUGACCCAGAAGAAAGUCAUCGUUUACCAGUUGAGGUAGCCUACAACCGUGGUUUCUUUGAUGAAGAAAUGAAUGAGAUUCUGUCUGACCCAUCUGAUGACACCAAAGGCUUCUUUGAUCCCAAUACUGAAGAAAAUCUAACCUACCUCCAACUGAUGGAGAGGUGUAUUACUGAUUCUGAUACUGGCCUGGUUCUUCUGCUACUGAAAGACAAGAAGCGAGAAAGAAAGACCUCCUCUAAAUCAUCUGUCCGUAAACGCAGAAUUGUCAUUGUAGACCCAGAGACAAGCAAAGAAAUGUCUGUGUAUGAGGCCUACCGCAAAGGACUUAUUGACCACCAAACCUACCUGGAGCUUUCGGAACAGGAAUGUGAAUGGGAGGAAAUCACAAUGACCUCCUCCGAUGGCUCUGUCAAAUCCAUAAUCAUUGAUAGAAGAUCAGGCAGGCAGUAUGACGUUGAUGAUGCUAUUUCACGUGGAUACAUUGACCAGAAUUCUCUUGAUAAAUACAGAGCUGGGAACCUGUCCAUUACAGAGUUUGCUGACAUGCUUUCUGGAGGUAUGGGAGGCUUCCGUUCACGCUCAUCCUCAUUUGGCUCCACCACUGGUUCCAGUUACUCCACUUCCAUGAGCCCCAUACCAUCCACUAAACCACCUGCAAUGAUAUGGAAUGACCCAUCAGAAGAGACAGGACCCAUAGCAGGAAUAUUGGACAUAGACACAUUGGAGAAAGUGUCUAUCACUGAAGCAAUCCAUAGAAACUUGGUGGACAACAUUACAGGCCAAAGGCUACUUGAGGCCCAAGCAUGCACAGGAGGAAUUAUUGACCCUGCAAGUGGGGAAAAGUUGCCAGUUACCGAAGCUACAGACAAAGGCUUGGUUGAUAAGGUUAUGGUUGAUCGUCUCAACCUGGCACUGAAAGCUUUUAAUGGAUUUGAAGACCCCAGAACUAAGGUGAAGAUGUCAGCUUCCCAAGCUCUGAAGAAAGGCUGGCUAUAUUAUGAGGCUGGUCAGCGUUUCCUUGAGGUUCAAUAUUUGACAGGUGGACUUAUUGAGCCUGAUGUCACAGGCCGAGUGUCUCUGGAUGAGUCCAUCAGAAAAGGAACAAUCGAUGCUCGUACUGCCCAAAAACUGAGGGAUGUCAAUGCCUAUUCAAAAUAUCUGACGUGCCCAAAAACCAAGUUGAAAAUCUCAUUCAAAGAUGCCAUGGACAAAAGCAUGGUGGAGGAGGGAAGUGGCUUAAGGCUUUUGGAGGCCUCCUCACAAUCUAGCAAAGGCCUCUACAGUCCCUACAAUGCCAGUGGCUCUGGAUCUGCAUAUGGCUCUCGGACCGGCUCAAGAACCGGAUCCCGAUCUGGAUCAAGGAGAGGCAGCAUUGAUGCUGGCUCAGGGUUCGGUAGCAUGAACUUCUCAUCCUCCUCCUUCACAUCUACAACCAGCUACAGUCGCAGAUAUUGAUUAGCUACUGCUGUUCCUAACAACUUUUGAUUAAGAACCAAUAGUACUAAUGCACUUUAUAGAUGCAUUUCUAACAGAAAAAAAUAGUUACAGUAGUAAAAAAAAAGUAUAAUUUAUUUAUUCAUAAUUGCAUGUGGUCAAAUUAACAUUGCCUAAGCUACGGAUUUCUUUAUCCAUUUUUUUUUUUUAACAGUAACAGUAUCAACAAAUGCCUCUCUUGUGAGGGUGUAGUCAUGCAUCACCAAAAAUCCAGAAAAUCAAAAUAAUUUAAUACAGAUUAACAAGUCAAAAUUUUCUAAGACAAAAUUCAAAACAAAGCAUGAUACUUCUGCUGUUUUUAAGUGACUAUGCUUUUUUCUUUUUUUUUUUUUUUUUACAAGUGUUCAAUAGAUGUACACUAGUGCUAUCUAAGACUAAUAUAUAUUGUACGCAUACCAAACAAAACUAUUUUUCCACUAUUCUCUUUUUUUUCUUUUUAAAGCUGUUAGUCAUUUAGUGGAUUUAAUUUUUUUUUUUGGCUGUUUUAUAACUUUAUGACUGGUAGUAAUGACAAAUUGAAUGUCAACACAGUUUUAAUGGUUUUUAUUGAAAAAUGUAUGGAUGCCUUUGAAACUUUGAAAUGUUUGUAUAGAGUAUGUAAUGAUAUUCUUAUUGUCUUUUUCUCUCUCCAUGUGUACACUGUACCCAGUAAAUGACAACAGCAAUUAUACCAGUCAAACACUACAAAAUGAAACACUAUUGGAACACAUUACUGAAAACUGUUGUAAUCAUGCAUUGUGAAACGAGUUCCGCGUUGUCGUUACCUUUGGCAUUUUGUAAUCAGUGGACGACUACAAUUCUUUGUUGUUGUGCAAACUCUAAAUUGUGGGUGUCUCAAAUUGAACAUCAGUCAAGUGUUCCAGCUAAAUCCCAAGAUGAUGUCACUCUCAAUCCUGCACCCCUUCACAGAGCUGCCUGAUUUUUGACUUUUAUGGCUCAAUCAAUCAGACUCCAAAACGUUAGCAUGGAUACUCAGUCGACCAGAGUGCGCACCUCGCCUGUUAUUGGUGGAAAUGUGUGUCAGUGUCGCCCCAGCACACAAAAACAGAUCCACUUCCUUCCACCAUCAUGUGUCACAGUUGAGGAAAACUGAGACUGAGUGAACUUCAUCUUGGGAUGCCAUUUUUCUGCAAACAUUCUCUAGUUGUGUGCCUUUGGCAUGUUAUUCUUACUUGAAUAAUAAUAGUGAUUUUUUUUUUCUCUAGAAUAUGUUAAAAUAAAUACCCCCUCCCAUAACACAAUCUGCACCAACAGACUUUACUUGAAAUUGUGACACUUCAGCGAAAUUAAAGCACAUUUUAGGCUUUGGUUACACUUGUGUUAAUUGAUUUAUUAUAAAUCCAGUUAAACCAAAGUAAUAAUUUCAGUAGCAUGAAUGUAUGCAUUCUUUCAGAUUCACUCCUGUUAUCUGAUGUUUUUGCAACAGCAACCUGAAAAGACAAAUUUUAUUCUGCUUCUUGUUUUUAUUUUUGUUUUGGUUUUUCCAUACUAUGCAUUUCGGUUUUGCAUCGUUUUACAUUGUUUUAAACAUGUUUUUUGCUGUUAUAAAUGUGCCUUGCAUGUUUUAUUAACUUUGCUGAGAUUAAGAAGAAACAUUUUUGUCAAAUGUAAAACUUCUUUUGUAAGUUCACUUCAUUUUAGCGUCACAGGCUGAUUCUGCUUUUGGGGGGCAAAUGUUGCUUUAACGAAAACGAGAAUUUUUGGUGUAUUUGAAGAUAACAUGCUGUAAAUAAAUAUGCCAACAGGA